CAUAUGUAUAGCAUAGGAGUUUGCUUACCCACGGAAGUGUAGAUACUUAGUGCCGCGCGAUCGUGGCAAGAAGCUCAGUACGUGAAUGGUUAUCGUGUGAAGCGGUUGCUUGAAAAGUUAGGCGGCACAUUUUCGCUGAGAAAUACACCAUUAGCACCGUUAGUUUGAAAAGUUACAGCAACCAUAGCCGUAGUGAACUAUUUAGCGCGGGUGCGUGAUUGUCAGCCAACAAAAUCGUGCAACGUUUCAGGGCUUAGAGAGCUGAAUUGUCUAAAUUAAAGUACAGAUACAUAACUUAGUUCUGUUUGGUUUGGUUGAUAAAGUUUUGAUUAGAACUAAUUAAUAAUCAAAGAAGCAGCGGCAGCACAAGCAGCGCAUGGGCUUAUGCAGAACAAUUCAAUAAUCGUAAACGAAUUGCAAGUCAUCAAUUUUUAAUAAACACUCCGUAAGCUGAGCAAGCGAAACACGAGCAAAAAAUGGCGGAUCUGAACGCAACCGACAAUGACGUAUGGAGUUUCCUAUUCGUCGAAUUGGCUGAUGAACGUACAAAUGAUUGGUUUCUAAUUAAGUCGCCGGUGCCGAUAUUCUCCAUUGUUGCGCUUUAUUUGUACUUUGUGCUAUCUUGGGGACCGCGUUACAUGCGCGAUCGCAAGCCAUUCCAAUUGGAAAAGACUUUGAUUGUGUACAAUUUCUUGCAAGUAGUGGUUAGCGCUUGGAUGUUCUAUGAGGGUUGCGUUGCAUGGCGUUAUUACAAUUGGCGUUGCCAGCCGGUGGAUCGCUCGUUCAGUCCACGAGCCGUGAGAGAAGCGUUUGGCGUUUACGUCUACUAUCUGGCUAAAAUCACCGAAUUAUUGGAUACCGUCUUCUUUGUGCUGCGUAAAAAUGAACGUCAAGUYACAUUUCUGCAUGUUUACCAUCACUCCGUUAUGCCAUUGAUCUCAUGGGGCACCACCAAGUAUUUUCCCGGCGGCCAUGGCACCUUCAUCGGUUGGAUUAACUCAUUUGUGCACAUCGUUAUGUACACCUACUACUUCUUAUCGGCGUUUGGACCAAAAAUGCAAAAGUAUUUGUGGUGGAAAUCACACAUUACCACACUGCAAAUGGUCCAAUUCUGCAUGGUCUUCAUCCAUCAAACUCAGCUACUUUACACCGACUGCGGUUAUCCCAGAUGGAGUGUGUGCUUCACCCUGCCCAACGCCAUCUUCUUCUACUAUCUCUUCAAUGAUUUCUACCAGAAAUCAUACAAAAAGAAGCAACAAGCACAAGCAGAUGCCCUGAGUGCCAAAUGCGCUGCAGCAGCUGCAGCUGCAGCUGCAGCCAACGACAACAAUAACGAUAUAAGUGCCAAGAAUCUGAACGGUGCACCGGCGAACACCGCGAACACGGCUCAAGAAAAGAAGCAUCUGUAAACUUCGGUAGCGCUACAGUUGUUAGUUAGAAGCCUCAAAGCUUUUUAGGUAAACCAAACUAGCCGCUGUGCCGAUGCCGUUCCUGCCAGGCUGUCUGCCACAUCUCUAUCUCAGUUGUAUAAAUGGUAUUAUUUUUAAGCGCAAUAAUAUUACUAUUUCUUGGUCGCAUCAUUGCCUAUUUCUAUAACUGUAAGUACGUUUAUGUGUAUGUAUGUAUUGUUGUAUCGCGUUGAGGGUUUUAGGUCUUAGUUCUUAGUAGUUAUAUAAGCAUCACUUAAGCCGGUUAUUAUUAAUUGAUUUAUGUACAUAUUCAACGCAAAGAUUCAGAAAAAAAUAAGUAACAGAUUCGUUGUGUAUUUUAACUAUACUAUUUAUUAUUUCUAAGUCAAAUUGAGUCAUUUGGUAAUCAGUAAUUUGCUUAAGAAAAUUCAUAAUGAAUUCAUAAUGAAUUUUCUUCUCUCCAGCAAAUAAGAAGUCAAUAUCGCGCUUGUACCUUAAGUUAAGGGAAAACAAAUACAAUAAAAUAUUAUAUGAAUAUUAUAUGUAUGUAUGCUUUUAGUUUUAUGUACUUUUACAUAAAUAUUAAGUCAUCUGCGAAGAUAAAACGAUUUUGUAUUUAACAAUA